AUGGAAUAUACUGGGUAUAAUGUAAAUUAUGAAAACUAAACCAAAAUCCAAUAUAAAAUUUUUUAUUUAAAAUAAGAAAAAAAAAAAAAAAAAAAAAAAAUAAUUAUCAUUAUGAUCACAUUUUCUUCCAUUUUAGGUUAAAAAAUUUCUGAGAAUAAGAAGCUAUUUCAAAAUAAUAUUAAGCUUAUUUAAGAUUUAUUCUAAUAAUUUAGAUAAAAAAAAGAUUAAAUUACAGAAAUUUUAACUGUAAAACUUUAAAGUUUUAAAGGAGCUAUAAAAUAAUAUACAAAUAUAAUUGAAUAAAUAGAUAAUUAAUAUCCUGAAUUCGAAAAUAAAAAAAGUGAUUUAGUUUUUGAUUGUAUAAGUAAAUAUUUUAUUUCCGAGAUUCAUUACAUAUCUAGUUUAUAAUACGAUAUAAGAAACAUAGUUUCAAAACUUAAAGAUGAAGAAGGAAAAGAAAAAAUUAAAUUAGAAAAAAUAAUAUUAUAAAAUGAAUAUAACAGUAGUGUAUUAUCUUCUAUAAUAAAAUCUAAUAGCCUUUCUUAAAAAACAAAUAGCUUUUUUAGUGAAAAUGAAGCAGCGAAUAAAAUAAAAUCAAGAGCUAUGGAUUUUUUUAACAAAUAUAAAAAAGAAAAAGAAGGUAUUAUUUAGUUCUAAAAUGGAGAUUUAGAUGGAUAAUUAGCUUGUACAUGGAAUUUAAUAUUAAGUGAAUAAAAAAAUAUGGAAUCAUUAAAUAAAGAAUAAUGA